ACAUCUUUCCUGCUCAGAAGACCAAAUCCAAAUGCCUGCUCCUCACUUUCUCAGGGCUUGCCAGUGUUUCCAGACAUCAUAGACCCUGCAAUUAGGUCACGCUGGACAGCACUGGAUAGCACCAACCUCCCUCCAGUGGUCUCAGGCUCAUGAGAAGCACCAACCAGUCGAGUGUCUCUGAGUUCCUCCUCCUGGGACUCUCCAGGCAGCCCCAGCAGCAGCAGCUCCUCUUCCUGCUCUUCCUCAUCAUGUACCUGGCCACUGUCCUGGGAAACCUGCUCAUCAUCCUGGUCAUCAGCACAGACUCCCACCUGCACACCCCCAUGUACUUCUUCCUCAGCAACCUGUCCUUUGUGGAUGUCUGCUUCUCCUCCACCACUGUCCCCAAGGUACUGGCUAACCACAUACUCAGUAGUCAGGCCAUUUCCUUCUCUGGGUGUCUAACUCAGCUGUAUUUUCUCUGUGUGUCUGUGAAUAUGGACAAUUUCCUGCUGGCUGUGAUGGCCUAUGACAGAUUUGUGGCCAUAUGCCACCCUUUGUACUACACAACAAAGAUGACCCACCAGCUCUGUGUCUUGAUGGUGUCUGGAUCAUGGGUCACUGCCAGCCUGAAUGCUCUGUUGCACACUUUGCUCAUGGCUCGACUCUCCUUCUGUGGGGACAACAUCAUCCACCACUUCUUCUGUGAUGUGACUCCCCUCCUUAAACUCUCCUGCACAGCCACAAAUCUCAAUGAGCUAAUGAUUCUUACAGAGGGAGCUGUGAUCAUGGUCACCCCAUUUGUCUGCAUCCUCAUCUCUUACAUCUACAUCACCAAUGCAGUCCUCAGAGUCUCAUCCUUUAGGGGAGGAUGGAAAGCCUUCUCCACCUGUGGCUCACACCUGGCUGUGGUCUGCCUCUUCUAUGGCACCAUCAUUGCUGUGUAUUUCAACCCUGUAUCUUCCCAUUCAUCUGAGAAGGACACUGCAGCAACUGUGCUAUACACAGUGGUGACUCCCAUGUUGAACCCUUUUAUAUACAGCCUUAGGAACAAUGACCUGAAAGGGGCUCUAAGAAAAGUGGUACAUAGGAAGAUAUGAAUAAAAAGCCUCUUUUUUUAUUAAGGUUUAUUGAGUAUGUAUCACUUGGAAGGGAAUUAUUUCCAACUUGUGGACAAGGUGCAAUCUAUUUCUAUGUGUAUUUCCUGAAAUAAAAUAAAUUCAUUUGAAU